AUUGGUUCUGUGGAAAGCACACAGUCUGGCCGAUGCGUUUCUGGCCGAGGCCGAUCCGUCGUCCGGGAGACGGAUCCGUUCUGUGGAAAGCACACAGUUGCCGGCCGAUGAUGUCACCGGCCGAUGACGGUGUCACCGACCGAAGGUGUUGCCGGUCGAUGCGUUGCGGCCGAUGGCAAGUCUCCCCCAAUUGUUCAGCCGAUGGUGUGCACUUGUCAGAGACGAGGGGCUGCUGCCAGUCGCUUUACUUUGAGCCGUGGUGGCACUUGGCCGGUGUGUGCCGGCUGGGGUUACUCUAAGAGAAUAGGCCUUGGAGACUAAUAUUCCCCUUCGUUGUUUCUCUUUUUUGUUUGCCUUGGCCGAGGCGGAGCAUUUAGCUCCUGAGGGUGGACGAAGGGAAGCCUGGUGAGGAUCGUAUCAUCCUCCGGUUCAUCCCUCUGUAUUUCACUUUGACCGGUGAGUAAGCUCUUGACCGGGGAGAUAGGAUGGAAUUGGCAGUAGCCUGGAUGUUCCUUUUCACAUGUAACACAUGGCCAAAGGGAUAUGUCCAUCGCACGACAAUAUGAUACACAUUCAACAUGAUGGCCGAAGGUGGUACCACGUCGUUUAUUUACUGUGAUAUGUUAUUGGUUUCGUGCGUCAUUUUCAUGCAGCUUUCCUGUGCCUUUGUCCAACCGAGGCCGAUCCGUCGUCCGGGAGACGGAUCCGAAACUCUCUCGCGGCGAGGCCUGCUCGCGGCCACCCAACCGAUCCGCCAUCCUUCUCGAAGGUACCCGACGGCUCGCGAUGUCACCCAGCCUAUUGAAGGCCGAGAUUUUACCGCGAGAUUGGGCCGGUGUAUCCUGAGUAGGAGAGGCAAUAUGGGAAUGGGUGUCCACGGCGACGACGUCCUCGUUGUCUCCGAAGAAGGUGAAACCAAGUGGAUGAGGCGGCGGUGGUGGCACCGUUGCGACCUCUCCAGUCACUGGGGUGUUGUUUUCCCCCGUCUUUGCGACAAGAGCACUGACGACGUUGGGGUCCUGGAGGAUGCUCGCGACAAUGGCCGAUAAGGCGUCCGGAUUGAUCUGGGGGACAACAGGGGGAGAAGCCUGUUGGCCCGAAGCGCGUUCAGCAGCGCGUUUGUCCUCGAGCCCGAUGCGGGCAUCUGGAGCAGUCUUGUUGAGCUGGGUGUGAAGGUCGGCCGCUGCGAGCUCGACCUCCUGAGCACCCUCUUCCUGGAUGAUGAGGUCAUUAGGGACGUUGUCAGCAACGUUUCCCUGCCCUUCCUGGUUCAGAGGGGCGUUCCUACCAGUGUUCUUUGAUCUAGUUCUUGUCAUAGCUAGUGGUAGUGUCUGGUAGCGACGAAGGGUACUCACUUGAUCUGUUCUUAGCUCUCAAUGAAAGCACCAAAUGAUAGAGUAUUAAUUCUAGAGAGAAGUGAGAGCUAGAGAGAGAAAGUGAGUAAUUAUAUUUCUCAACCAGACCCCCCUAUAAUUAGCCCCUUGGGGUCUAUUUAUUGGUAAAAAUGUGGAUUUGGGCCCCUAGCCUUGGGCUUAGGAGACCCAUUACAAUAAUCAUGUCUUCUUUGGGCGAAUAGGGCUACUAAUGGGCUGAGUACAACACUUAGUACACAAAAUAGGAAAAUACAUUCUGCCUGGACGAAGUCCGGACGAUGCUGUCCAUGGACGAUGCGCUCCCUUGGCCGACGCGAUCCCACUUUGUCUCCAUGUCGCAUCCUGAGUAAUUUUAGUUCUGGCCGAUGCGACACCUUGUUGGCUGAUGGGGGACCCAAACGGCCGAAGGGACGCAAAGUGGGUGUCUAUCUUUAGUAGUUUGAUCCUUUGAGUAUGUGGGCUAUGGGGUCUGUGCCCAUAUACUCUAUCAGGUAUCAAGAGCCAAACCCUUCUAACCUAAAAAAAAAAUUCGGCCUCAUCAUGUCAUCGGCCGCUUCCUCAACCGCGAAUACCAGCACUACCGUCGCUUCAUCCGGCUCAAGCGGCGCAACCACCGGCAGCAUCUCCUCUAUCACUGCGCCGUUCUUCUCUACUUCCUCUGCGUCAUAUGAUGCGUCGACUUCUCUAGCGUCAACUUCUUCGUUGUUCGGAUCUCCUCUGCGAUUCCCAAGGACAACUUCGAGCGCAAGUUUUUCCUUGCCGCCACCGCCUAAUUUGUUCCCGACGUCCGAUGAUGCACCGUGGGUACUGCCAGUCUUCACCUGGUCUCCUUCCAGGCCGGAGUCACAGUCAUCUCAUGUACCUCUGUUUUCUCAGACUGUUAGCUCCCCUACAAUUAACUUCGGUUCCAGUUUUGCGGGUCCCACAUUCGCCGGAGCUCCUAGAAUUGCGCCGUUGACACCUUCUGCUUCAAUCGGACCAAUUGCCCCUCGGUCUAGUGCCAUGCCUAAUCCAGGUUUUUCUUUAUCUGAAUUGGUCAAAAAUAUUGGUUUCUCGGCACUAAAUAUUACGAAUAUUGUUACUACGAAGCUUGCUAUUGUUGAAGAUUACUUGACUUGGCGUAUUCAAUUUGAACCGUUCUUGGUGUCCAAUGGUUUUUUGGGAAUUUUAGAUGGUUCCAUUCCUGCACCCUCUCCAUAUAUUUAUGAUGCUUAUCAUCACGAGACUAUUAACCCAGAUUAUUAUAAUUUGUUGAAACUGGAUCAAACUGUGCGUUCUUGGUUGUUUGCUACCUUGUCUCGUGAUGUGUUAAUUGAAGUUCGUGAUUUAAAAAAUGCCUUUGCUAUCUGGAAUCGUUUGGAGUCUCAUUUUAUGUCUGCUAGUCUUGCUUGUUCCAUGGAACAGAAACAGAAACUUACACACUCUAAGAAGCGUUCGAAUCAGUCCAUGGACCAAUAUCUUCGUGACAUUAAGGACAUUGCUGACCGCCUUGUAGCUAUUAAUGCCCCAGUGUCUAAAAGAGAGUUAUUUCAGUCUAUUUUGCUUGGUCUUGGUCGAGAUUAUGAGUAUCUUAUUACAUCGGUGGACCUUUUUCCGGAUAGUUUUACCUUUGAGAAUCUUCAAACCAAACUAGUUGCAAAGGAACGCAGUCUGCAGUACAUGAAUGCUCAAGAGGAAAAUCCUGCCCAUGCCUUUGCAAGUCAGACACCUCUGGGAGGCCAACCCCCACAUGGCGGUGGCCAGCCGCAGCAGGGCGGACAACAGCCGCCCGCAGGUGGCCAGCAGCAGCAUUCAGGUGGCGGACAUCGCGGCAGGGGCAAUUGUGGCCGUGGUCAGCGCGGUCGCGGAGGACGCGGUCAGCGUGGUCGCGGCGGCUAUGGCUAUCUUCCACAGUUUAGUUAUAGUUAUCCUCUACCGGGUUAUUUUCCAUAGGGUGCACCGCAUGCUGGUAUCCUUGGGGCUCCAGGUUCAACGGGCAUGUCUGUUCAAUCAAAUUUUUUUACUUAUGCCUUGUCUACUUUCUCUACUAACCAUGGUUAUGCAGGCUCCUCAACUGAGGGAAAUUCAGUUCCUCCUUCCGUUAUUUGUCAAAUUUGCUAUGCUCCAUGUCAUCCCGCUUCCACUUGUCCCUCUCGAUUUGUUCAGCUGGCUGCACCUGCUCUUGCUGCUCAGGCUCCUGAUGCUUCUGAGAUGGUUUGGUAUCCUGGUUCAGAUGCCUCAGCGCAUAUGACUCCUCAUUCAGGAUUUAAGAACGGGGGCGGUCCUUCGAGCUCUCAGUGAUAAUGGCGUUUAUCCCAUCCGUCAGCCUACACCAUCACCUGUCGCCCUAUCUGCUGCGUCCAUCUCUCUCUGGCAUAACAGAUUAGGACAUUAUGGUUCUCGUGUUUUAGAUCAGCUUAGAUUGAACAAUUUUAUUUAUGUCACUUCUGCUAAUAUUUCUGAUUGUAUUUCUUGUCGUUUGGGCAAGUCACAACGGUUACC